CACAGGUUACCUGCCAAGGUUGCUGAGGGCUGCUGCUUUCACAGAUUGCAUCAAGAAGGAUGGAUCAUAGCCCUGGAUAUCUCGUAGCAAGACCUGUUUACUCAGACCCAAGUUUUCAGGAGGAAAAUGAAAGGAAGGAAAUUGUUCAGAAAACCGUCCAGGAGAGACUGCGAAAGAACUGCAGUUGUACAUCCAGAAGAGCUCUCCUGAUUGUGAAGUCCUUUUUCCCUAUUCUGGACUGGCUUCCAAAUUACAGAUGGAAGGAAUGGUUCGUGAAUGACCUUAUUUCUGGAGUCAGCACAGGGCUUGUUGCCAUAUUACAAGGUCUGGCUUUUGCAUUGCUUGCUUCGGUCCCAGUUGGAUAUGGCCUCUACUCAUCAUUCUUCCCUAUUUUGACUUAUUUCUUCCUGGGCACAUCCAAGCACAUCUCAGUUGGACCAUUUCCAGUGGUCAGCUUGAUGGUGGGGUCUGUUGUCUUGAGUAUGGCUCCUGAUGAGAAGUUUUUCCUGCUUAGCAAUAGCACUGGAUUGAACAAGACAGUGAUAAACACAGUGGCCAGGGAUGCGGCUAGAGUUAUGGUUUCAGGAACUCUCAGUUUCCUAAUUGGAAUUAUUCAGCUUCUAUUCGGAAUAUUUCAGAUUGGCUUCAUUGUCAGGUACCUGGCAGAUCCUUUAGUUGGUGGGUUCACCACAGCAGCUGCUUUCCAAGUGUUUGUCUCCCAAGUCAAAACAUUGCUCAACGUUCCCACAAAAAACUACAAUGGGGUGCUCUCUAUAAUAUACACAAUUAUUGAUAUUUUUAAAAACAUUGGACAAACCAAUAUUUGUGACAUGAUUGCUGGACUUCUGACUUUGGUUGUGGUUAUUGGGGUGAAAGAAGUAAAUGACCGAUACAAGCACAUAAUUAAAGUUCCUAUUCCGAUAGAAGUCUUGGUGACCAUUGUGGCCACAGGGGUUUCGUAUGGAGCAAACCUAGCACAAAAGUAUAAUGCAGGAAUUGUAAAAACAAUUCCCAAUGGUUUUAUACCUCCUAUGACACCAGAUGUGAGUCUCUUUUCAGAAAUGAUUGGCUCAGCGUUUUCAAUAGGUAUAGUGGGUUAUGCUGUGGCCGUUUCUGUGGGAAAAGUUUAUGCCACCAAAUACAACUAUGCUAUAGAUGGGAAUCAGGAGUUCAUUGCCUUUGGAAUCAGCAAUCUUUUCAGCGGAGCAUUUUCUUGCUUUUGCGCCACCACUGCUUUGUCGCGUACAGCUGUCCAGGAAAGCACAGGUGGAAAGACCCAGAUAGCUGGUAUCAUUUCAGCCUUCAUGGUGUUAAUUGCUAUAGUGGCACUUGGUAGACUCCUCGAACCAUUGCAGAAGUCAGUGCUGGCAGCCAUUGUCAUAGCAAAUCUUAAAGGGAUGUUCUGGCAAGUUUUUGAUGUACCUCGUUUAUGGAGACAGAACAAGUGGGACUCUAUAAUCUGGGUCUUCACAUGCAUUGCAUCCAUUUUAUUGGGACUCGAUUUGGGAUUGUUGGCCGGUUUGGUAUUUGGAUUACUGACCAUCGUUCUACGAGUUCAGUUUCCCUCAAGUGGUUCACUUGGAAAUGUCCCUGGAACAGAGAUCUACAAGGAAGUUAAAAAGUACAAAACUGUUUUAGAGCCAGAAGGAAUUAAAAUUGUUCGGUUUACUAGUGCUAUUUUUUAUGGUAAUAUUGAUGGACUGAAAAGUGCCAUUAAAAAAAGUGUUGGGUUUGAUGUUGUCAAAGUUUUUAAUAAGCGGGCCAAAGCAUUGAGGAAAAUAAAAAGACUGAUUAAGAAAGGACAACUACAAGCAACCAAGAAUGGUGUCAUCAGUGAUGCAGGUACAGAUAAUGAAGGGUUUGAACCAGAUGAUAUUGAAGACCUACAAAAAGAAGAGAGCCCAGAAGUGAAAGAAGUGGAGAUUCAAGUAGACUGGAAUUCAGAGCUACCAAUUAAAGUGUCUGUUCCUAAAGUCUCUAUUCACAGCCUUAUUUUUGACUUUGGCCAAGUAUCUUUCGUAGAUGUGGUGGCUGUAAGGUCAUUAAAAGUGAUAUUCAAAGAAUUCUUUAGGAUUGAUGUCGAUGUCUACAUUGCAGCAUGUGAUGAUAACGUGUAUAAAAAGUUUGAAGAAUGUCUCUUUUUUGAUGACCAAAUCAAGCCAGACAUUUUCUUCUUGACCAUUCAUGAUGCAGUGUUAUAUAUAGAGGAAAAGAGAAAGUACACUGAUGGACACGAUCCACUUCUGGAGAAGAUUUCACUAAUGCAAGAAUCUAAAGAAGCCCUGGAAUACACAGAAACUGUUCCUGCAAAUGAUGAACUGGAUGCCCAAGAGGAGGCUCUCAGGAGACUUGCUUCGUGAACAAAUCUACUGGAACCUCUAAAUUGGAAUGUGCAGCAUUUUCUUUCACUUAUAUUCUUAAAAGGGUUGUCUCAGCAAAUGGCAUCUUUCAUAUAGACAAAGUUAAUACAAGG